GCCGGGGUGGCCCUCGCGACAAGGAAGGACGAAGAGGGCGGUGUUCUUAGUUACCAGACGCGCAGCGCAUAGCACCAUUGUUCACGACACAGAGACAGAACUGAGGGGGGCAGUGCGCAUAGCUGCGGAAUCCCUAAUCAAAAUGCCUCCUAAACAGAAGGGAAAGGGCAAGAAAAAAGGAAAGAAAAAGAAAGAUGAUGCGGAAUUAACUAUUGAAGAUAAAUACAAAAAAACUAUCCAUGAGAUUGAAGCUCUGAAGGACCAUCUUGCAAACAGGAAAGAAUUAGCCCGAAGGUCACAAGUUCACAGUGAAGAAUGGAAGGGCAGAAUGCACUCAGCAGAGGAGGCUCUUGUGCAGCAGAAGGUAGACCAGAGGGACGUCACAUCAGACAUGACGAGGCAGUACAAGACCAUGCAGACUGAAAUGUCAAUGAGAAUACACCAGUUGGAGGCUGAACUUGGAAAGGUCAAAGUUCAAUUAGAGCGGACACAGGUAGAGUUGAAAGAAACUAAAGCAGAGAAAGAAAAAAUAACAGAAGAGAAAAAUCAGAAGAUAUCUGAACUGGAAACCAAGAUUGAUGGAAUGGAAUUAGCAUAUGAGGGCGUGCUACAUGAUGCUCUUGACAAUAUGGUUGCCAAGCUGGACCUUGCUAAAAACCGAUGGAAGAAUGAAGCAACAGUUAUACACGCAGAAAAUAAACAAAGACUUCUAGAGUUUGGUCUCAAUCCUAUUGAUCUCUAGAAGGCAUUGAAUUGGUGGGGGUGGGCAAUAGGGCUCCAUUUAUAAGUCCUAUAUGCUAGCAAACAGAAACUAAGUACUGUAUAUGAGAUGGUAUAAUGUUAGACUUACAAAUUUCUAAUUUAUUGAUUUUUCAUAGUAUUAGCUAAUUUGGGAGAGCACCACCAUUGUUGGUUUAUGUUGAGAAACUUGUGUUGAAUUUAAAUGCGAAUUAGAAAAUCCCAGAAAAGGUAUAGUAUGGAAUGCUAUUGGUGCCAAAAUAGCUAUAAUUUUAAUAGUUUCACUGAUUAAGACAAAAUUAGGGACUGGAACCCAGUCUAAUAUAAUGUAUGUUAGCAAACAGUGAUUAGGUACAUGAAGUGUUAUACUUUAUGUGGCUGCACUAAGACCCAGUAAUGGCGAGAUCCUUGGUUGAUAUCGGUAUGCAUCGGUACAGGCUUUUUUGACCACUUGACUGCCAGAACUACUUUAAACUAUGCCACUGAUAAGGUGUUUUAUGUAAUAUAUUUUUGUAAUUAAAAUAAAAUCAACUGAAAUGUUGAUUGAUAAAUGAUGUGUACA